UUUUGCAGCCCCGGUGAACGAUGUGAGGCUCCUGCUCCAGGCUGGCUCGCAGGGGAAUGGGUUAAGCCAAGUUAGAUUAGCUGUAACUCCCAAUCGAGCAAACACAUUGCUUCACAGCUACAAACGAACUGCAUCAACUCCAACGCUACCACCAGCUACCCACCUCCCUCCCUCCCCCGCAGACACGAACUCCAGCCCGCUUGCCUGCUUCACUAGCCAGGGAUGGGGAGAAAACUCCGCAUAUGUAGCAUAGUCAUCGAGCAAAAAUUGCCACGGAGUGGUAUCUGAUUAAACCCGAUCCCAGAUCUGGGCAUUGCAGCUGCAGAUAAAACCAGCACGGCCAAUGAAAACGAGAAGAAAAAAAAAACCCCGCAAUCAACAAACGUGUACGGAUCACCACUUCUCCGCUGACGAAUGUGCUUUCCUCUGCGAUGAAGCCCAGGAAGAAGUGAGGGCUUGACUUGCCAUGGGAGACGGUGGAGUCCUCCAGACGGAGGGGAACGCCCUCCUGAAGGCCGUGUUCCAGGGCAAGCUGAGGCUAACCAGGUUGCUACUGGAAGGAGGGGCCUACAUCAAUGAGGGCAAUGAACGAGGACAGACCCCAAUCGUGGCCGCUUGCCUGGCAGGCUACGAGGACCCCCAAAGCCGGCAGAAGAUGAUAAAGUACCUGCUUGAGAAGGGGGCAGACCCCAACAUCCCAGACAAAUCCGGGCAGACAGCUUUGAUGCACGCCUGUGCGGAACAAUGUGGCAAGGAUGUGGUGGCCAUGUUGCUUGAGUAUGGUGCCGACCCCAGCAUGAAAGACUACUCUGGGUCUUCAGCACUGGUGUAUGCUAUUAAUAAGGGAGAUCGAGACACUCUGCAAGUGCUCCUGGAUGCCUGCAAGGCUAAAGGCAAAGAGGUGAUCAUCAUAACGACAGACACUUCGCCCUCGGGCACCAAAAAGACCAAGCAGUACCUCAACUCUCCGCCUUCUCCUGGAGUUGAAGACAAGCUCUCUCCCACCUCCUGUAUGUCCCCCUCUGACGUGGAAAUCCGAACUUAUGCGUCCUCAGGAAGUGAGAAGGAGGAGAAGGAAGAUAUCUUCAGCUUUGCUCUUACCUCCGCCCUCCCCUUGCCGUCUGCUCGCCCUCCAGGGGAGAAAAGAGCCGUGCCUCCAAGGAAGCACCUCAAAAGGCUCAACUCAGAGCCCUGGGGUCUAGUAGCUCCUUCCGUGCUGAGCAAGGCAACCCAGGAGCAGCAGGAGAACGUUAUCUCGGAGCUAAACGGCUUGAGCAUCUCCAGCCGACCCACCCUUUCCAGGAGGCACAGCAUCGAAACCCACGACCCUUCCUCGCCAAAACUCAUAGAUCGCUCUUGUUCCGAAGAUUCUGCCGUCCUUCACGGAUCCUCGUGGGCAGAUAAGGUCCAGCAGCACCAGCUGCUCUACCGGAGAAACACGGCGCCAGAAUCUCAGGAGACCAGCUCCACCACGUGUGGUGUCGUACCAGCCAACGUCCGCACGCUGGCACACCCCAGACUCACCCGGAUGGAUCACUACGAGUCGGAUACGCACCUGUGUCCAGAAUCCAUCCCCGGGUCACCCGAUUCGGGACGGGUUUCCGCGGAACGCCGGAAGUACAACACAUCCCCCCUCUCCCUGCUCACAAGUUCCUCCCGGGAAUCCCUAGAGAACAUUCCCAAUUCUGUAUCUCCCAUCACCGUACGACGCAGACCCCCGGGGCUCCUGGAACGAAGGGGGUCCGGCACACUGCUGCUGGACCGCAUUUCUCACACCCGUCCGGGAUUCCUGCCCCCUCUCAAUGUCAACCCUCACCGCCCCAUCCCUGACAUCCGAGAAAAUGGAAACCCCCCCUCCCCGGUCCACUCUAGUCAUAAAAUCCUGGUGCCGGUGGCCCCCAGCUCCCCGAAACAAGAGCCCAGGCACAAGAAGAAGCUGCUGAGGCGUCACUCUAUGCAGACGGAGCAGAUGAAGCAGCUCUCCAACUUCCAGGACAUCCUGGCCAAGAAGAUGAUCGAGUUCACCGGGGACUGAGGGUGAAGACGGGAAAGAUAUCCAGAUUACGCGACAGAAGACGGGCCAAAUUUAACAAAAGCAAAAAAAGAAUAUAGUACAAUGAUUUCAAUAUAUUGAAGCUGUGCGUCCUUUUCUUUGUGUCUCAUUUUCCAUCAGUAUCCUGGUCACUGUCACUGUCAUUUCCGUGGUGUUUUUCAAGUUCUGAACUCCACUCAAUAAUUCACAUUUUGAUUGAUUUAAAAGCAACGAUCGGGCAUGGUCUAAAACGCUGGAUCUUUGUUACAUUCGAUUUUGCUUCCUUCUGUGAUGGCUGUUGAUUUGCUCGUCACCUUGCUUUGUUGCAUUCCAUUCAGAUUAGAUUCAGUAAAUACAUUCCUCGUCUUUCAUCUUGAGGCAUAGUCCCCCCACGUGCUUUAAAAUGGCAAACAGGGGAUCCCUUUUUCUUUCAUUUACAUUGUUGUUUUGCUUCCCAAAGUGUAGCUUUCCAAUUGUGCUUAACCAUAGCACAGAUGCCGCUUCUGGUACAGGAAGGAGAAAUUGAGCAGUUUAUAUCCAAGCUUAAUUUAGGAAUGGAGAAUAACACUAAAAUGGUCAAGGUGAUUGAAGCCCCAUAUAGUUUUGUGUUUGACUCAAGCUUUGACAUAGUUGAAAGCAGACUUCAAGAAGGGAGACAGCUUUGAAAUAAAACACACACAAAAAACAAACCAAAGUUAAGUGCUACUGCACCUUCUGUACUGGGUGAUUAGGAGUAGGACAUCAGUUGACCGAUCUGACCCCUUCGUUUCCCCUUCGUUGCCACUUAACUGUCAUUUCUUGCAAGCUCAGCUUAAACAGGAUGAUGGUAGUUUCUCAGCUGGUAUUUUAAAAAGGGUUAAACUAAGAACUGAGCUGAUUAAGGUGUUGGUCGCUGGUACCAAAUAACAACACUUUAUUCUAGUCAAAGAUCAGUUUUCAAUUAUUCGUUGUGGUAUUUAUUUGUAUUUUGCAGUUUUUUUGAUGAAGUGACAGUCAAAUAUGUUAUUCAUUUUUAAGUGGCAUUAAUGAUGCUUUAUACACAUGUUGCUGUGCAAUUACAGAAAGGGUGCCUUUUCAGUAGGGAUGUGCAAGACAUCAAAAAUAAACAGCAUUGGCUACUUAAUUGAUUGUAAUAAGAUAUAAAUUUGUAAUUAUUAUACAGGAUCUCUAAUUCAAAACUAUUAUAGAGCUCAGCUGGGCAGUGUGAGGGACGGUCUUGAAGUGCCACCGAAGGUUGGGUGGCAUUUCUGGGGUUUGCAACACAUGCACUGACUCGAUUAGGGUUAACUUGUGAUGUGUAACAGUAAUUUGGUUGCAGGGUAAUGCUUCUAUUUUGAUUAGUCGCUACUAGCAGACUAUUCACAGAUGUAUACAGACGUUAGUUUGCAUAGGCUUAAUUUAGAGUAGGAUGCCUGAUAUGUGUGUACAAUAGCUGUCACCCACUUUUAAAUAAUCGCUUCCAGUUCUGCGUUAUCUUUUUUGUUUUGUUCAAUUACAGUGUGUUUUGAAUAAAGCAGAAUAAAGGAGAAAUAUCUUUCCCAACAAGCCUGCUUCUGAUCCUGCCAGAGACUAUGACAUGGCUGCACCAGCCAAUGCAUGAAAAAGUGUUAACAAAUCAAAUAACUCAUACCUUCAAAAGGGUUAAUCAAGUAGGCAAUUUGGCUUGUAUAAUGAAGAAAGCGUUAUCCAAAACAUUUGCAUAACACAAAUCAACCAACACAAGAUCUAACAAAGAUCGUUUUUCCUAUGAAGUGCAAACGCAAAAAAUAAAUAUCAUUUUGAUGUUGACAGCAAAGCCAAGAGGCACAUUGAAAACAGGAAAGUAAAUGUACUUUUUUUUGCCAACCUAACAAUGCAGUUGUGCCCUACUGUAUAAGGAAAGCCCAGCCUGUGAGGCUCUCCGGGUCCAGCAGCACGUUAAACGGUCACUCAGAAACUCAUUCGAAGGAAGCCGCUUACUCGCAGGACGCAAAGUUCAGUGCCAGGGCUCUCUGCGGGUGCUUGCCUGUUCACAGCCAUGUGAUUUUAGGAAUUGGACAAGGCAGGCAGAUCUGAUGUUUUUGCUGCUGAUCAUAACAUUGUGGGGUGGGUGUGCUAAGAUGGGCCAGUCGCAGCGCAAGUCUACCGCAAUUGAAUUUUUUGUUGUGACACUUAGCAAUGCCGUGUGUACUAAGAGACAACGUUAACGAAGACAGCCACGCUAAUUUAAAUAUUACUUCUUCUUAGCGAGAUCUCAUCAGAUUCCAUAGUGGGGACCCCCACCUUCACCCCCAAAAAGCUUUUCAUAAUCAUACAGCAGCCCCUCCCUAAACCGACAUAAAAACAAUAA